AUGAAAAUUGAAAAUGGAAAUGGGAUUGAAUUAAGUCAUACAGAUCGGCGAUCAUAUCGAGAUUUUGAACUGCCUAAUGGAUUAAAGGUGAUGAUAAUUUCUGCUCCCAGAGAAGAUGGUGAUGCUUCUACGAAAUCGGAUACAUUGUCAGCGGCUGCUCUUUGCAUCAGAGUUGGUUCAUUUUGUGAUCCAGAAGAAGCACAAGGACUGUCACAUCUCUUGGAGCAUAUGUUAUUUCAUGGCGAUUCACCAACAUCAGAAAUCAAAAGUUUUCAUGACUAUAUACAUGAACGAAAUGGCUAUUGGGAUUCAAAAACCUCCAAUGAACACACCCUAUUCUACUUCAGUAUACCCAAUAAAUACUUUGAUGAAGCACUGACAAUUUUUGCAUCACAUUUUAUCAAACCAGUAUUAAAACGGGAUGGCAUAAGAAAGGCUGUUGAAAAGCUGGAUAUGGAAUUUCAGAAAGUCAAGACAAGAGACUAUGCAAAACUAAGAGGAUUUAUAUCAAGUUUGGCUAUAAGAGGCUCUCCGUAUCGUUUGUUUGGUCGAGGAAAUAAACUGUCUCUGAUCACCGAACCUGAGAAAAAUGACGUUGAUGUCUACAGCUUGCUGAAAAACCAUUGGGCUUACUUAUACUCUGCACACAGAAUGACACUCGCUGUACAAUCGAAAGAUUCAUUGAACACACUGGAACGCCUUGUUCGAGAGAAGUUUGCCAACAUUCCUACAAAUCGUUCUGUCAAUCUGGAUCUAACACGUUAUGCAAACAGUUUCGACUCUCCGGAAUUCUUUAAACUUUAUCAUGUUGACAGUACUCGAAAUAAGGAACAACUACGUAUGGUUUGGGCUGUUCCCAGUGUCUAUUCAUUAUACAAGUCGAAUCCUGUUGCUGUUCUUGCUUACUUUCUCAGUGACAAACAUCCCUAUGGCCUUGAAAAUUAUCUGAAAAAUAAUCAUCUGGCAACUGAGGUGAAAUGUGAAUUUUCCGCAAUGUCAGAUUUUGAAAAUUCAACCAUUUGUGCUUUAAUUACAAUCUGUAUUGAUUUAAAAGGCACACGAAGUGAUUUGCUCAAAAUUACCAAACUUGUCUAUCAGUAUCUGCGCUUUUUAUCAAAUAAAGCGCAUGAAUCAUGUGUCAGCAAUAGGAAUUCCACUGAAGUGAAUAAUGGUAAUAAUAAUAAUAAUAAUAAUGUCAACAAAAUUCAACAAACAAUAAAUUCACCUGGCAAGUCUUCAUUCGACUCUUGUGUAAGAGAUCUUCAGGUGACACAGAAAGAAGCCUUUCUAAAUCGUGCAACAUUUGGACCACAAGAAACUGUUAUAUGGAUUGCUAAUAUGCUUCAUUAUACCUUACCACAAGAUGUACACUCAGCAUAUUUAGUGAUAGCUAAACCUGAUUUCCAGGUUUAUUCAGAAUUUUUGGACACUUUAUCCAAACAACAAGCUUGCCUGAUACACAGUUCAAAAUUGAAUCCAUCAAUGCAUAAAAAUAUUCAUACUGAAAAUGGUAUAAUCUACAGUAUACACAAGAAGAAAUCUCAUCCAAACAAAUGGGUUGUCUAA